AUGUAUCGGUAUAGAGAUAUGUGUUAUAUUUCUACGCCUCUUUUAAACGUCUUUUUAUCACUUACACUCUGGCAGCAUCAAGAGAAAAAAACCUACCUCCUAAACUCUAUUGGAAUGCUCGCGUUGCAGCCUGGUCACAAAGAUUGUGGCUGCCGAACAAGAGUGACUCAAGUUUCAACGACCUCAAGUUCAUCCUGGUACACGCAAGUGACAACCCAUCUCCAUUCAAUCACACCACCAGCAAUCAGCGCACGUGCCGAUUGCAAUAAAGCGCAAGGUCGGCGCGAUGCUGGCUCACGCUCGAAAAAAGCCGAAGAUGGAGGGAUUAAUGAGAAGCCUGAAGGUGCGGGUGUAUCCAAAUGCAAAGCAGAAGGACCUAAUGAAGAGAUGGAUGGGGUAUGCCAGGCAGCUCACAAUAAAGAUAAUUUUGCUAGCCUAACUCACUUCCGCGACCUUUGUCAGCAACGGAUUGAUGUCACCUGGGUUUUUAUGACAAAGGUUCUAUACAAUGUGUUGGAUGAAGCAAUAAAGGAGGCAAUCCAAUCUCGAGAUCUUGUUCUUUCAAAGAAUCAGGAGACACGAGCGGCAGGGCAGCAACCAUAUCACCAGACCAUCACGAUUCGCAAGCAGAACUGUGUGGAUAACCUCAGGUUCUAUCCUCGCAUCUUGUCACAAAAGGACGAGUCAAUAAUGAUUCCAAACUUAUGUGGGAUUAACAUAAACAGCAGUGGACAUUCAUUUGGGUUUAUGAGAACCUCCCACGAGAAUCAAGUGAGAGGUCUUCACAUCUGUUCUCUAGGUCCAGGUGUCCGCACAUUUAUGACUUGGUAUUCACCCAUGUGGUGA